AUGCAGGGUGAUUUUCCCUGCAAAAACCCGACUACUCUCAAAGGAAAAGAGCCUUCUUGGAAUAACCUGGUUUCUCUUUGCGACCUGGAUGACGCACAGCUGACGGCUGGUGCUGACGCCAGCGAAACGGCGGAUGACGUCAGCGCGAGUCGUCUGAGCGGCUACGGAAGCGGCCAAUGUGAAGCUGAUUCCAGCACGGAGGAGGGAGAUGCUAAUAACGAGGAUGGGGCGAACGGACAUUUUGGCCUGGAGCUGGGUACUGGGCUGUUUGCUAUGGAGAGAACUGAAGUGGAGGGGACUAAAAAGGAGGGGAUUGAAACGGAGGGGAUGGAAGAGAAGGCAUCAGAAGAAACUUGUCUUGAUGGGGCUGGCAAGGAGGAACAGAAUGAGGGCCUAUUGACCCGAGAAGACGAGAAAAACAACCGCGACAAGGUAGCCGACAGCUUUAUCGCAUCAGCAUUGCUCGAUCAUGAGCCGUUGGCGCUGCAGCCGUCUUCAAAUCCACCUGUUUUUUUCAACUAUGCACGCACGACUACCCCUGCCUCCACCUCCCUUGUCUCUGCUUCUCCCUCUGCCUGUGCCGAACGCACGCCUGUUGCUGCCGCUGCCUGUGCCACGUCAGCAUCCGUGUUUCUCCCCACCCCCAUGGAGCCCACCGUUCCCAGCUGGCAUGUGGUAACAGGGUUGCCAGCUCUGGUGCUCCCCCCUCCUGGCGGCUACGCCAGCACGAGCAGUGAUGAUUGCAACUGUGGGUGCAGCAUGGGUUACGACACUGGUUACCACACAGUCUUAAACGAUGACUGCAAGGGAGAUUGCAAGGGGGAGUGCAACAGCAGAGGUUCAUCCUGCCUGUAUGAGUCCACCGUUCCCCCUGGCUUGCCAAGCACGCCCCCCCGACACGACACCAUGAUGUUUCCCGUGUUUCCCCCGUGUGGAACCAACUCAGAGGAGCAGCGGCAGUUUAAGGCGACUGCUGCCAGGGGGACAAUUAUAGGCGCUGCUCAGAAUGUUUUCACUGUCAAGAAAGAGGAGAAAGUUGACCUGGACGCUGACAUGGAUGCUGACGUGGGCGCUGACGUGGCUGCUGACGUGGACGCGAGCAGCAGAGCGACUCGGGGAUACGGGUACUCGAAGCCAGGGAGUGGAGGAGCGGUGCCAAGGACUGCUGCUGCCAUGCAGAAAUCCAGGCGGCGGGCGGCCAACAGAGCGUCAGCCAAGCGCAUCCGCAUUCGACAGCAGCAGCACCUGCAGAAACUGGAAUGCGAGACGCGUGAGCUCACAGCGCUGUGCAAGGCGAUGAGAGCGGACCUGGCAGAGGCGAGCCGGCAGGUGGCGCUCUGCACCACUCUCCAAAACGAUAAAAGCAGAACUGGCAGAGGCGAGCAGGCAGGAGGCGGCUCAGAUGAAGCGGAACGAGGCGCUGGUGGAGGAGAAGCAGCGGCUGCCGCUGCUGCUGGGGGAGAGAUAGACCAGUGGGCUGCUGGGCUGCUGAAAUCUAUUAUCACCAUUCAUGUCUCGUUCCAUGCCUCUCCUACCUCUGCUGCCUCCUGCUUCCCAUACUCUCAUCGCCCCUUACCCGCUCGCCCUCUUCCUCCUGCUUCCCAUACUCUCAUCGCCCCUUACCCGCUCGCCCUCUUCCUCCUGCUUCCCAUACUCUCAUCGCCCCUUACCCGCUCGCCCUCUUCCUCCUGCUUCCCAUACUCUCAUCGCCCCUUACCCGCUCGCCCUCUUCCUCCUGCUUCCCAUACUCUCAUCGCCCCUUACCCGCUCGCCCUCUUCCUCCUGCUUCCCAUACUCUCAUCGCCCCUUACCCGCUCGCCCUCUUCCUCCUGCUUCCCAUACUCUCAUCGCCCCUUACCCGCUCGCCCUCUUCCUCCUGCUUCCCAUACUCUCAUCGCCCCUUACCCGCUCGCCCUCUUCCUCCUGCUUCCCAUACUCUCAUCGCCCCUUACCCGCUCGCCCUCUUCCUCCUGCUUCCCAUACUCUCAUCGCCCCUUACCCGCUCGCCCUCUUCCUCCUGCUUCCCAUACUCUCAUCGCCCCUUACCCGCUCGCCCUCUUCCUCCUGCUUCCCAUACUCUCAUCGCCCCUUAACCGCUCGUCCUCUUCCUCCUGCUUCCCAUACUCUCAUCGCCCCUUACCCGCUCGCCCUCUUCCUCCUGCUUCCCAUACUCUCAUCGCCCCUUACCCGCUCGCCCUCUUCCUCCUGCUUCCCAUACUCUCAUCGCCCCUUACCCGCUCGCCCUCUUCCUCCUGCUUCCCAUACUCUCAUCGCCCCUUACCCGCUCGCCCUCUUCCUCCUGCUUCCCAUACUCUCAUCGCCCCUUACCCGCUCGCCCUCUUCCUCCUGCUUCCCAUACUCUCAUCGCCCCUUACCCGCUCGCCCUCUUCCUCCUGCUUCCCAUACUCUCAUCGCCCCUUACCCGCUCGCCCUCUUCCUCCUGCUUCCCAUACUCUCAUCGCCCCUUACCCGCUCGCCCUCUUCCUCCUGCUUCCCAUACUCUCAUCGCCCCUUACCCGCUCGCCCUCUUCCUCCUGCUUCCCAUACUCUCAUCGCCCCUUACCCGCUCGCCCUCUUCCUCCUGCUUCCCAUACUCUCAUCGCCCCUUACCCGCUCGCCCUCUUCCUCCUGCUUCCCAUACUCUCAUCGCCCCUUACCCGCUCGCCCUCUUCCUCCUGCUUCCCAUACUCUCAUCGCCCCUUACCCGCUCGCCCUCUUCCUCCUGCUUCCCAUACGAUCAUCGCCCCUUACCCGCUCGCCCUCUUCCUCCUGCUUCCCAUACUCUCAUCGCCCCUUACCCGCUCGCCCUCUUCCUCCUGCUUCCCAUACUCUCAUCGCCCCUUAACCGCUCGUCCUCUUCCUCCUGCUUCCCAUACUCUCAUCGCCCCUUACCCGCUCGCCCUCUUCCUCCUGCUUCCCAUACUCUCAUCGCCCCUUACCCGCUCGCCCUCUUCCUCCUGCUUCCCAUACUCUCAUCGCCCCUUACCCGCUCGCCCUCUUCCUCCUGCUUCCCAUACUCUCAUCGCCCCUUACCCGCUCGCCCUCUUCCUCCUGCUUCCCAUACUCUCAUCGCCCCUUACCCGCUCGCCCUCUUCCUCCUGCUUCCCAUACUCUCAUCGCCCCUUACCCGCUCGCCCUCUUCCUCCUGCUUCCCAUACUCUCAUCGCCCCUUACCCGCUCGCCCUCUUCCUCCUGCUUCCCAUACUCUCAUCGCCCCUUACCCGCUCGCCCUCUUCCUCCUGCUUCCCAUACUCUCAUCGCCCCUUACCCGCUCGCCCUCUUCCUCCUGCUUCCCAUACUCUCAUCGCCCCUUACCCGCUCGCCCUCUUCCUCCUGCUUCCCAUACUCUCAUCGCCCCUUACCCGCUCGCCCUCUUCCUCCUGCUUCCCAUACUCUCAUCGCCCCUUACCCGCUCGCCCUCUUCCUCCUGCUUCCCAUACUCUCAUCGCCCCUUACCCGCUCGCCCUCUUCCUCCUGCUUCCCAUACUCUCAUCGCCCCUUACCCGCUCGCCCUCUUCCUCCUGCUUCCCAUACUCUCAUCGCCCCUUACCCGCUCGCCCUCUUCCUCCUGCUUCCCAUACUCUCAUCGCCCCUUACCCGCUCGCCCUCUUCCUCCUGCUUCCCAUACUCUCAUCGCCCCUUACCCGCUCGCCCUCUUCCUCCUGCUUCCCAUACUCUCAUCGCCCCUUACCCGCUCGCCCUCUUCCUCCUGCUUCCCAUACUCUCAUCGCCCCUUACCCGCUCGCCCUCUUCCUCCUGCUUCCCAUACUCUCAUCGCCCCUUACCCGCUCGCCCUCUUCCUCCUGCUUCCCAUACUCUCAUCGCCCCUUACCCGCUCGCCCUCUUCCUCCUGCUUCCCAUACUCUCAUCGCCCCUUACCCGCUCGCCCUCUUCCUCCUGCUUCCCAUACUCUCAUCGCCCCUUACCCGCUCGCCCUCUUCCUCCUGCUUCCCAUACUCUCAUCGCCCCUUACCCGCUCGCCCUCUUCCUCCUGCUUCCCAUACUCUCAUCGCCCCUUACCCGCUCGCCCUCUUCCUCCUGCUUCCCAUACUCUCAUCGCCCCUUACCCGCUCGCCCUCUUCCUCCUGCUUCCCAUACUCUCAUCGCCCCUUACCCGCUCGCCCUCUUCCUCCUGCUUCCCAUACUCUCAUCGCCCCUUACCCGCUCGCCCUCUUCCUCCUGCUUCCCAUACUCUCAUCGCCCCUUACCCGCUCGCCCUCUUCCUCCUGCUUCCCAUACUCUCAUCGCCCCUUACCCGCUCGCCCUCUUCCUCCUGCUUCCCAUACUCUCAUCGCCCCUUACCCGCUCGCCCUCUUCCUCCUGCUUCCCAUACUCUCAUCGCCCCUUACCCGCUCGCCCUCUUCCUCCUGCUUCCCAUACUCUCAUCGCCCCUUACCCGCUCGCCCUCUUCCUCCUGCUUCCCAUACUCUCAUCGCCCCUUACCCGCUCGCCCUCUUCCUCCUGCUUCCCAUACUCUCAUCGCCCCUUACCCGCUCGCCCUCUUCCUCCUGCUUCCCAUACUCUCAUCGCCCCUUACCCGCUCGCCCUCUUCCUCCUGCUUCCCAUACUCUCAUCGCCCCUUACCCGCUCGCCCUCUUCCUCCUGCUUCCCAUACUCUCAUCGCCCCUUACCCGCUCGCCCUCUUCCUCCUGCUUCCCAUACUCUCAUCGCCCCUUACCCGCUCGCCCUCUUCCUCCUGCUUCCCAUACUCUCAUCGCCCCUUACCCGCUCGCCCUCUUCCUCCUGCUUCCCAUACUCUCAUCGCCCCUUACCCGCUCGCCCUCUUCCUCCUGCUUCCCAUACUCUCAUCGCCCCUUACCCGCUCGCCCUCUUCCUCCUGCUUCCCAUACUCUCAUCGCCCCUUACCCGCUCGCCCUCUUCCUCCUGCUUCCCAUACUCUCAUCGCCCCUUACCCGCUCGCCCUCUUCCUCCUGCUUCCCAUACUCUCAUCGCCCCUUACCCGCUCGCCCUCUUCCUCCUGCUUCCCAUACUCUCAUCGCCCCUUACCCGCUCGCCCUCUUCCUCCUGCUUCCCAUACUCUCAUCGCCCCUUACCCGCUCGCCCUCUUCCUCCUGCUUCCCAUACUCUCAUCGCCCCUUACCCGCUCGCCCUCUUCCUCCUGCUUCCCAUACUCUCAUCGCCCCUUACCCGCUCGCCCUCUUCCUCCUGCUUCCCAUACUCUCAUCGCCCCUUACCCGCUCGCCCUCUUCCUCCUGCUUCCCAUACUCUCAUCGCCCCUUACCCGCUCGCCCUCUUCCUCCUGCUUCCCAUACUCUCAUCGCCCCUUACCCGCUCGCCCUCUUCCUCCUGCUUCCCAUACUCUCAUCGCCCCUUACCCGCUCGCCCUCUUCCUCCUGCUUCCCAUACUCUCAUCGCCCCUUACCCGCUCGCCCUCUUCCUCCUGCUUCCCAUACUCUCAUCGCCCCUUACCCGCUCGCCCUCUUCCUCCUGCUUCCCAUACUCUCAUCGCCCCUUACCCGCUCGCCCUCUUCCUCCUGCUUCCCAUACUCUCAUCGCCCCUUACCCGCUCGCCCUCUUCCUCCUGCUUCCCAUACUCUCAUCGCCCCUUACCCGCUCGCCCUCUUCCUCUUGCUUCCCAUACUCUCAUCGCCCCUUACCCGCUCGCCCUCUUCCUCCUGCUUCCCAUACUCUCAUCGCCCCUUACCCGCUCGCCCUCUUCCUCCUGCUUCCCAUACUCUCAUCGCCCCUUACCCGCUCGCCCUCUUCCUCCUGCUUCCCAUACUCUCAUCGCCCCUUACCCGCUCGCCCUCUUCCUCCUGCUUCCCAUACUCUCAUCGCCCCUUACCCGCUCGCCCUCUUCCUCCUGCUUCCCAUACUCUCAUCGCCCCUUACCCGCUCGCCCUCUUCCUCCUGCUUCCCAUACUCUCAUCGCCCCUUACCCGCUCGCCCUCUUCCUCCUGCUUCCCAUACUCUCAUCGCCCCUUACCCGCUCGCCCUCUUCCUCCUGCUUCCCAUACUCUCAUCGCCCCUUACCCGCUCGCCCUCUUCCUCCUGCUUCCCAUACUCUCAUCGCCCCUUACCCGCUCGCCCUCUUCCUCCUGCUUCCCAUACUCUCAUCGCCCCUUACCCGCUCGCCCUCUUCCUCCUGCUUCCCAUACUCUCAUCGCCCCUUACCCGCUCGCCCUCUUCCUCCUGCUUCCCAUACUCUCAUCGCCCCUUACCCGCUCGCCCUCUUCCUCCUGCUUCCCAUACUCUCAUCGCCCCUUACCCGCUCGCCCUCUUCCUCCUGCUUCCCAUACUCUCAUCGCCCCUUACCCGCUCGCCCUCUUCCUCCUGCUUCCCAUACUCUCAUCGCCCCUUACCCGCUCGCCCUCUUCCUCCUGCUUCCCAUACUCUCAUCGCCCCUUACCCGCUCGCCCUCUUCCUCCUGCUUCCCAUACUCUCAUCGCCCCUUACCCGCUCGCCCUCUUCCUCCUGCUUCCCAUACUCUCAUCGCCCCUUACCCGCUCGCCCUCUUCCUCCUGCUUCCCAUACUCUCAUCGCCCCUUACCUGCUCGCCCUCUUCCUCCUGCUUCCCAUACUCUCAUCGCCCCUUACCCGCUCGCCCUCUUCCUCCUGCUUCCCAUACUCUCAUCGCCCCUUACCCGCUCGCCCUCUUCCUCCUGCUUCCCAUACUCUCAUCGCCCCUUACCCGCUCGCCCUCUUCCUCCUGCUUCCCAUACUCUCAUCGCCCCUUACCCGCUCGCCCUCUUCCUCCUGCUUCCCAUACUCUCAUCGCCCCUUACCCGCUCGCCCUCUUCCUCCUGCUUCCCAUACUCUCAUCGCCCCUUACCCGCUCGCCCUCUUCCUCCUGCUUCCCAUACUCUCAUCGCCCCUUACCCGCUCGCCCUCUUCCUCCUGCUUCCCAUACUCUCAUCGCCCCUUACCCGCUCGCCCUCUUCCUCCUGCUUCCCAUACUCUCAUCGCCCCUUACCCGCUCGCCCUCUUCCUCCUGCUUCCCAUACUCUCAUCGCCCCUUACCCGCUCGCCCUCUUCCUCCUGCUUCCCAUACUCUCAUCGCCCCUUACCCGCUCGCCCUCUUCCUCCUGCUUCCCAUACUCUCAUCGCCCCUUACCCGCUCGCCCUCUUCCUCCUGCACCUCCGUCUUGCCUUGCCUCCUGCCUUGCCUCUGCUGCCUCCUGCUCUCAUCGCCCCUUCCCCACUCGCCCUGCACUGCCACUCCCUGCCUUUGCUCCUCCGCCUCCUCCCUUUGCUCCUCCACCUCCUCCCCCCGCACCUGCCCCCUUCUGUAGAAAGGCCUCCAGCUCUCAAUCCUCAAACCUCUGCCUCCUCACACCACACCCCUCAUGCACCUCACACCCCUCACGCCCCUCACACCCCUCAUGCCCCUCACACCCCUCAUGCCCCUCACACCCCUCAUGCCCCUCACACCCCUCAUGCCCCUCACACCCCUCACGCCCCUCCUCAUACCCCCACAUACCCCCACACUCACAGUGCCUUGCCCGCAUCCCUCAACCCACAACAUAA